GAUGCCCGCGCCAACACCAGGCCGCGUGUGGGCUCCGGACCGCGGCAUGGAGGCCCCGGCCUAGCUGGGGCCCGUGGCCCUAUGUCUUCGGGCCGCAGCCGCCGGGCGGUGGGCGCCCGAGGGGCCGGGAGGCGAGCCGAAACCCACAGGCGUGUGUGGGCAUCCUGUCUGCAGCCAGCGUCCCCGAGGCCGCGCUCAGGCCAUGAUCACUCGGUGAAGCUGCGCCCGGACAGCACGGCCGACUCCUUCUCGCGCUCUGAGGACCUGUGCGCGCUGCAGGACUCAGUGCCUCUGCCCUCCGUGUGGGCUUCCCUGAGGGAGGGCCUGCUGGACUUAACGCCGACUGCCUCCGCGGGUAGACUGGGCGCCGCUCCUGAGCACCCUCUGCCCCUGAUCUGUAUCCAGAGCUUCUUCCAGCCACGGCUUGUCGAGACAGGACAAACGUAGAGCCCCUUGAUGAAGGUGGUGGGUCCCUGAAUAACUGAGCAGAAAACUGACCCUCAGACCACCAAAGUCCAUACUACACUCCUGAGUGAGUGAGAAAUGAACU